CCCCGAAAGCCUUUGAUCUGCCGCUUGUCGGUUACACUGUAUCAAAACUCCCAUGUUGCAAGUUGCGGUGGCGGAGCUGUAGCUGUUGCUGUAACUGGCGGACUGCUCGCACACACAUGGCUUCGCGGCUUCCCUUGCGAGUUUACUACGACCUGCUGUCCCAGCCCAGCAGGGCCGUGCUCAUCUUCCUCAGACGCACCGGAAUCCCGCACGUUGAAAAGCCCGUGGCCCUCCGGAAGAAUGAGCACAGAAGUCCAGAGUUUACUAAACUCAACCCAAUGCAGAAAGUGCCAGUGAUUGAGGACAAUGGUUUUGUUCUGACUGAGAGUGUUGCUAUUCUGAAGUACCUGGCAACAAAGUACAAUACCCCUCUCUUCUGGUACCCUCAAGAACCAAUGAAAAGGGCAAAGGUGGAUGAGUACAUGGCAUGGCAGCACGCCAAUGUGAGGUAUCACACAGCUAAAGUCUUCAUCCUGGAGAUGUUGAUGCCUCGGAUGACAGGCCAGCCAGUUGAUGAGAUGAAGCUGACCAAAGCUCUGUCUGAAUUGAAAGGAACCUUGGACAUAUUGGAAUCUAUGUUUCUGAAGAAACAACCCUUCCUCUGUGGUGAUGAGAUUACAUUGGCUGAUCUAUUGGCCAUCUGUGAACUAAUGCAGCCACUCGGAGCAGAUCGUGACAUACUGAAAGAUCGUCCAAAAUUAAUCGCCUGGCGGAACAGAGUUCAGUCGGCAUUAGGGAAAACAUUUGACGAUGUGCAUUCCUUCCUUUACCAACUGAGAAAUAAAGCCAGACUUUAAAAGCCAAACCAUCUGGAAUUUCAGUAAAUUUCACUGGGAAUUAUUAUACGCUCAACUUAAGAGUCUGAAUUUACUCUUGUAAAACCAUAUGCACGUACUACUUAAUGAUUCAAUAACAUUAAUAGCCGUCCAAGUAACUAAUUACAACAAACCAUCCAAUACAGAAGGCAAAUGUUACCACGGUAAAACUAUAUAGUCAAAACUAACUUGCUAAACAAACUUUGGAUUGGUGUUGAAUGCAACCGUAACCUCACAAAUGUAAUCACUCUUACGACAAGGCGCCUCAAUAAAUAAGAUUUCAAUUGUUUAAAA